CCAAAAAAGGAAAUGUGUUUACAGGUUUGACUACCCCCAUCGUUUUCUUUAAGAGGAUGUCGUAUGUAUUAAGAAAACAGAGAGAGAGAGGGAGAGGAAGAGAGUGAGAGAGAGGAGAGAGAGAGAGAGGGAGAGAGAGAGAGAGGAGCAGCUUGUGCUUGUAAGUGCUUUCAUACUUCAGCCAGUCUGAUUCUUGUGUCAAAGAUGCAGGUUGUCAGUGGUGGACGAUCACUUUGGAUAUAUACUCUGAUAUUUACUCCUCUACAACUUUGGGGAAGACUUUCUGCUUCCACUUCCUCUCCCACUCUUCCGGCACCUACCCUGAACAUCUCCUUAAGGUCAAAGGACUCAGUGACCCUGAUCUGCAAGGUCCCAGAGGGUCAUCAUGGGGUUCUCUUCAUGUUGUACAAGAUCAGAGAGAACGUGGACUCCCAGGAGCUGCAGUCUGGUACUGAGGAGGUUAAAUUCACCUUCAGGGUACCUGAAAUGGACUCAGGUGAACUGUUCUGCUGCCUGUACAAGGACCAGGGAGGCCGCUACAGUGCAUUCAGUCCCUAUUUGAGACUGGAGCAGCAAAGAGAAACUGCCCCAACUCGCCCCAUACCCUCUUUCCCUUCUCCAGUCUUGUCCAUGGAGCCGUCUACUGGUGUGGUAAAACGUGGGGACAUGCUGACCUUCAGCUGCUCAGUCCCUGAUCUUUCAUCUCAGACUCAGUCCCAGUCUGACUACAACAACAAACCAGACACCUUCCUUUUGCUGAAGACUGCUGAGCUCACAGGUACCACAUCUAUUAUACCCCAGCCUCAGGCCAGUCAGGUAUCAAGACCUGAACUUCAGCCAGGAGUCUUUACUGUGGGGCCAGUGAGGGGAGAAGAGGAGGGAGAGUAUACCUGCAUCUACCAGAUCACCAAAAAAAGGCGACUGGUUAAUUCAACUGUUAGCAACGUGGUUCAAGUCACAGUCACAGAUUUGCUCCCACUGCCCACUCUUGUUCUCCAACAGCAGACAGACGUUUGGCAUUUGAUCUGCACAGGGUCUCCUGCAUACCCUGCUGCUGUGUUCUACCUCUACCUGGCAGAUAAUGAAGAUCCCAUUGCCACUCACCAUGCCAAAGUGAUCCACCAUCAGGCCACUUUCCCAGUGCCUGUCCAGGAAACUCUUGUGGUUUCAUACGAAUGCCGGUACAGGGUUCUUCUGGGAAAGAAAUGGAGCGAUUCUGAGCUCAGCCACCCUCUGGCUGUAACCGGAGGAAUUUCCCUUCCCUCAUCAUUAGAUUUGUCAGGUGUGGACUGGCCUCUUGUACUGGGCUCUUUCGCUGCUGUGUUAUUAUUCCUCUGUUUAGUGUUACUCGUGGUUCUGUUGGCGCUCAGGAAAGAAAACGCAGCAGCUGAGAAAAAGAACAAAAGACUGGAUACACCAUUGUGGGCUCAAGGCAAUGCUAUGGACCCUGAUGGUGAACUUUCACAUGGGUGUUCAAGCUUCACCUCUCAGCUGCCUCUAUGUUUCUGCUGUAAGUUCACCGUCAGACACAGUUGUGAACUUCCCUGAUCCCUUUGCUGACUGGGCCAAUGGGGACACCGAGACAGCCUCCAGAUCUCCAUUAUCGAACUCUUUCUCCACGUUCCAUUAGAAAUGUUUGUUCUUUUGUUGUCUCUCUCUCUCUCUCUCCCCCUACUUCGUGUGAGUGUUUAUACUAAAUCACAGCUUAUCCGGGUAGCAUCAGUUGGAGUUGCACAGCUGGACAGGAAGAAGCUGUUUCCUAAGUUCCUAUUCCAUGCGCAGCAGUAAAAUUGAACAGUUCGACGGGAUGUGAUGUUUGAUGUCUGAUCUUUCAUGUAACUGAAAAAGAUCAUUUAGAUACAGAUUUUACUAGGAUUAUUAUUAUGAAUAAUUAUUCUUGACCUUGGAAAAAGCAGGUGACAAAAACAUCUCUCCUCGAGGUCCAUUUAGCAGCUGCUCUGGGGCUUUCAGCUACACCAGAGGAUCUUCAUCGGCAGAUGGAGUUUGCCCACAUGUCAUGGAAUUUUAUAUUAGCUGCUGAAUUAACUUUGUCAUGUGAAGUCAAAUAAUCAACCCGUCUAACAGUUAUGGCUUAACUAAUAUUUCAAAUUAUUUCACAGUGCUAUUUGUACGUUUGCAGGUCAUUCCAGCGCCAUCAACAUUAUGUAAAGUAUGUACAUUUACACGUGGCUUGAUCAUUGUUUUUUUUUUCUUGAAGUUAUUAAAGUUUUUUUAAAAUUUAUAUAGCACUUACUGUUUCAAAACCAGAGGAAAAAAUGAACAAAAAAACAAACAGACAAAAAACAUACAAAGUCAAAUAUAUGUAAAACAGCAGAAUAGUGAUAUAAACAUACAUGUUACAGAUCUGUUGCAUACAUACCAACUUACAUACACACAUAAAUACACACAUGCAAACUAAUUACUAAAUAACAAUUACAUGUUGUUGUUGCUGGCCUGAAAAACUUUAUUGUCAAAAUUUGAAGUAAAAAAUUGAUUUGUACCAAACAAAUCAAAUUCUCUUGUUUCAAGGAAAGUGAUAUAAUUUAUAAUCUCAAUCUGAGACUGCGAUUUGUGAUGGUGUGUGACGUGAUUCAUUUCAAAGUGAGAAAGUUCUUUUGUUUUGUUUGUAGGAAACCCUUUUUUCACUCUGCGUUUACAUUAUCCUUUGCAGUGUAAAAUCAUUGUAUUUUAUAUUAAAUAAACUUUUUUUAACAAACUGAG